AUGGCCAUGAGUCGAGCCGAUGUGGACGACGAUGACGAGGAAAUGAUGGUGCGAACGAUAUCCGUGGCAGACUACUUGCAACAAGUCAUGGAUGCCGUGGGUCCGUACAAGAUGAUUGUCACGGAGCAACAUCGCAAAUCCAUGAUUCGCUGUUUGAUGGGAUUUUCCAAAAAGGGAGAUUUUGAAGUGGCACUGCAAAACUUGCACAUGGAAUGGCAAUGGGAACAGACCCAUCGAUUUGUCCAACAAGACUUGUCCAACAUUUCUGUAGACACCACCUUGGCUCCCAUGUUCCAACAAGGCAUUCAACUGCCACAGCAAGAUAUCAAGAGCUUUCGUUAUAGAAAACAACAAGGAGGAGGAAAAGAAAGCAAUCCGCAACAACAGCAACAACAAACGUACACGUCACCCCACAAGUUCUUUUCCUAUCUUGCCAGGGGGCGGACGUACCAAGGAAAGUUGGAGCGACUGCUCAGCGAUGUAGCACCCCAAUUGAUCGAGACAUACCACAAGAUUAUACAGGAACCCAACGAAUUGGAAUUGAUGAAACGUCUCGUGCUGAAAGAGACAUGUAAUGAACAACAAUCAUCAUCAAAAGAAGAAGAAGUACACGCCAAUACUGCUCUGCAAUGGAAAGAUGCUCUACUGGAAUUGGUGGAACGAGAAUUUGCCGUGGUACCAUCCCCACCCCCACAAAUCGAAGAUGGCGGCAAACGGUUGGGGCGGCAAGGAGAAAUUGACUUGUCCACCUAUCUCCAUGAACAAUGCAAUAACCAGAAUGAUGAUGAUUCUUCCCUACUCGUACUCCCCAAUGUCUUGGUCAAACCCACCGAGAAACAUUUGCGUCAGUCCAAGCAACAAAACAAUUCCAGCAAGAGACUGCCACAUGUCAUGUCCUCCAAUGUUAAUCUCAUGGGAUUGACAUCCGAGUUUGAUGCCAUGGUGGUACAGCAGCAGCAGCAACAACACGACAUGAUUCAAAUUGUCCAACUCUGGGAAGCCAAGGCCAGUAUUCAUCCCAUUUCCAUUUCGGAUGUCCUCUUCAAAAAACUGCGUGCAUUGCAACUCAUUUUGAACGAUCCCAGUACGCGCAUGUACGUUUAUGACAAGGAACUGAAGAGACGGUUGUUGUUGCAACAGCAGCAGAAUGGAGACAAAAAGAAGCUCGACCACCAGAAUACUACAUGUAGUGAGGAUGAUCCCUUGGUCUUUUCCGUUUUGAACAAUUCCGUGAAGAAGGAUCACGACACUAGUAGUAGUAGUAGUGACACGCCACUACUACGAUUGGGAAUUUUUGGCAUGGAAUUGAUGGAGCCCGAGCGAGCUGCCAGACGGGCACAGUACAUUCAUUGCGAGCGCUUGUUGGAACGAAACCCAGCAGUGGUGCUCCAAGCUUUGUCGACGGGAAUAGUCUCGGCACCGGAUGUGAACCCGCAUUUGCAAGCCAUGAUGGACUGCGCUCGUCGGCUCCAAGCCACAUUGGUGGUGUUGCCAUCGUCGUCACCAGCAUGA